CGCAAUACGGACAAAAACACGUUUCUUGCUUUGUUUAUCUGCUUUUAUAAUUUUCUAUGUUUAUUUUAAAAUUUAUUUAUUAACACUCCAUGAAAGUUGUAAAUUAUGUCUUUAUUUAGAUUAGGUUAGUUAUUUUGUGAAUAACUUCAUUGUGAUUUCUUUAUAUAGUUAAUAAUGUGCAAUAUAUUUGAAUGUCGAAAAUUUAUAGGUUAGGAAAUAAAAUUUUUGAAUUAUCGGUAUUAUAAUAAUUCUUAUAAAUAUUUAAAGCUUAAAGUGAAAAAUAUAAUUCAUUUUUCUUGGUAAAAUGGUGGAAAUAAGAUCUCCCGUGUGUGGAAAAUUGUGCAGUGCAUUAUUACUUGAACAUUUUGGUUCAAUUGUGCAAAAUGUUGCAAUGGACUUAUUCAAAAAUGGUGAUAAAUCAUUGAAUUCAAUUCGUAGCACUACUAAAUUUCCAUUAUCAAAGGUACAAGAGGCAUUAUGUGUUUUAAUUAAACUCGGCUUCGUUUCCUAUGAACAGAAUAGUAAAGAAAUUCUUAUCUACACCUUGGAUGUAGAAAAAAUCCUUUUAAUUUUAAGAUAUUCCAGGUUUAUGUUCUUUGUAAAAGACAACUGUGGAGAUGAGUCUGAAAUGUUGUUUGAAGAAAUUUUGAAACAUGGGUACGAUACAGCAUCAAACGUUAUAAUAAAAAUUUACAAGAGACAAUUGUGUAAUCGUCCCGAGAGACAAUAUUCGCUUCCAGUUUUAAAGGAGAAAUUCGAACUUCUCGUGCAAAAUCAAUUUUUAAUGCGAAGUGUUUGUUCAGAGAAAUGCAGCGAUGAAGGACCAGCGGAUAGACAAGAUUUUAGUCUUCCAAAUUUAGAUUUAAAAAGUUUGACUUUAAUGGCAAAAGGCGCCAAUGGCGAUCCGGGUGACGCUAAUAUUUAUUGGCAUGUGAAUUUUGAUCGAUUCGCACAAGAUCUUCGUGAUCAACUUCUUAUUUCGGCAAUAACAAAACGAAUUGAUGCCAAUGCAGGUGAAUUAAUGCGAAGGAUGUUGUAUCAAAUGUACUUACGUACAGCUUCCUGGGCCGAUACAUCAAAUCCAAUUCCAUUCACGGAAUUACGAGAUGUUAUAAAGAAACUUGAAAAUCCCGGUCCUGGCCUUAUUCAACAUUUAGAUCAAUAUUUGCAUCUCAUAGAGGAAGAUUCCUGUCAGUUUAUAAAAAAAGUCGGCGACUCUAGUGGCGGACAAUUUAGUAUAAAUAUGAAAGAAGCAAUUAAUCAAUUGGCAUGGGCAACAAUAGAAAAUAUUGUUAUGGAAAGAUUUGGAUCUAAAGCAGCUCGAGUUUUUAGACUCAUACGAGCGCAGAAAUUUAUAGAGCAGGAAAAAAUUCAACAAAUAGCAAUGACUCCGGCAAAAGAAACGAAACACAUUACGUACACAUUACUGCAGGAAAAUUAUAUUCAAUUGCAGGAGGUAAGGAAGCCGGGUGUUUCGGCAGCGCCAAUGAAAACAUUUUUUCUCUUUCACAUUGAUUUAGAUCAAGUGGUGCGAAUGGAGAUAGAGCAUUGCUAUCAUGCGCUUCACAAUACUAUUCAAAGGCGAGAGUACGAAAUUACGACUAAUAAAAGAAUGAUUGAUAAACAUUUGAAAAUUCAAACACUCACUGCAACUUUUAAAGAGAAAGGAGCCACACAGGAACAAUUGGAAGAGAUGGAAAGUAUGAUGACUUUACCUGAAAAAACGCAAUUGGAAAAAGUGAAAAAUCAAGUGAGACAAUUGGGUGUGAGUGAAUUGCAAAUUGACGACACUCUAUUUCUAUUGAGCACAUAUUUGCGUUACAACGAAAAGAAAAGGAAAGAUCCAAUAAAAUGAAAAGUGUUGCGAUUUGUUGAAUAUUAAAAAAGAAAUGAAAAGACAAUGAUUUCAUUUAUAUAGGUAUUUAUUUAUAUGUAAUAAUAAUGAGUACGCUUGUAAAAUACAAACAACAAAGAGUACCUAGCUUUUAAAUUAUUAUAAUAAAUAUAAUGAUAUAUCUAUGUUUAUAAUAGUGCUGUUCUCUAUGUGAUAUAGUGCAUUUCAUGUCACUAUCCUUGGAAGGGAGAGGAAAAGUCACAUCUAGGACCGUAGAAUAAUUUUUUUUUUUUUCUUUCAUUUUGCAUAAACGAGUCAAUAUACACUAAUGCGACUGAAAGCAAGAUAACGGUCACUUGAAACAAUUUGUUGAGCUUAGUUUCAAAUACAUACAGUUGAUAUCCGCAUUAUCAGUGCCAAUGGCACGUUUCCAAUUUUUUUUUUUUCUUUUUGCUUUUUCUAUAAAUGGCAUUUGUUUUAUUAACGAUUUUAUAACAAUGAAAAAUGUUUCAUCAAUUGUGAAACCUAUAUCGAAAUUUUUACAAUUGACAAUAUUAAUUUAAGCUUAAUUUUUUAGUUGAUUGUAAAUAUAUUUUUCGUUAAUUAACAAUAAAUUUAAUAAACAUUUUAAAUGAAGAUUUUUUUCAAAUUCUCAAUUUAGAAAAAAAUUCAGAAUUUCUUAUAUAAUAAAACUAAUUGUGGCCUUGAUAAUGCGAACAACAUCCGUGAGAUUCAUUCUCGCUAUCUUCGUUUGUUCCAUUUAUUCAGUUUAAAAUAUUUACAAUGCUUUUUUUUUCGACAAACAUUCUUCGCAUUCAGGCAAACUUCUAAAUAGAAAUAACGUCGUACACCUAUUAACUAAGUUUGAAGUUUUUUUUCGGUAAAGCAUUACUUUUUUUUUUAUUUAAUUAUUUAUUUAUUAUAUAUAUUUUUUUCUUUAUCAUUAACAACAACGUACAUAUAAACGAAGUGAAUGCUUGGAAUAUUGAGAUUGAAUGUUAGUUUUGACACGCGCGCGCGUCUUUUUCAUUUUUUUUUUUUACCAUUAUAUAGUGUAUAUUUAUAGUAUUAGUAAAUUGUAUUCAUUUUUUUUUUAUUUUUACAAUUCGCUAUUCUUACAUUUUGCAUUCGCUCUGGUAAGCGUCGAAAGUCACUUGUUACAAAACGAAGGAAGGAGAAAGAAAAAUAUUUCUUUUUUUUUUUGCAUUGCUCGAAAAAGGUGUAAAAGUUUUUUUUAACAAAUAAAAAACGAGAUUUGCGACUAAUAAUUUUGUUCAAAGAAAUAUAUCGAAUUAACGACGUGUGACAAUUUCGAUAUAUCGAUAUUACAAAGCUGUCGAUUUAUUAAAUGUCGAUACAUUGAAUUAUUAUCGAUUGUUUAAUUUAUUCGAUAUAUACAAAACUUGCGAUUUAUUGAACAAUUAAUAUAUCAAUAUUAAUUAUCGAUGUUUCGAUAUAUUGAACUGUAAAUUUAUUGAUAUAUCGAAAUAAUAAACAUUCGACAGUUUAAUUUCGAUAUUUAUCAUUUUAAUUUAAAUUGAAUAUGGCACAUGUUGAGAAAUAAUCAAAAUUGAAUCGAAUAAAAAAAAAAAAAAGAGACUUUCGACUUACACGCUUUUAGUUUCGGAGUACGAAGUAGUAUCGAUAAGUAGCGAUAAAAGUAAUAAUACCCUUUCGAAGAGUGCAGGUCUUUGGAAGUGGCAACUGGCUGAAGUAGUGAUGGGAUGUCGAAAAAUAUUUUUUUUUUUUCAAAAUAAUAUCAUAAUUAUUUAUACUAUGUAUCAAUAAAUAAAUUUCGAUUUUUUCUUUAAUAUUUCUAUACAAAAAUUUUGAAGUUUCUUUUAGAAUUUUUUUUUAAUGUAUAUUGAUAUAAAAAUUGAAAUUUAUUGUGUCGAUAUUAAUAUCGAAAUUUAUCGAUAGAUGGAAAAAUUAAUUUAUAUAAAUUGUUCAAUAUAUCGAUAUAUAAUUUGAUAUCGGUAUCCCAUCACCAAACUGGAGAAAGUAGCGGGAGACUAUAGAAGUCAAUAUAGACUUUAAAGAAAAUUUGAUUUAAUUGAAUGGCAAAGAAUAGAAAAAAUAAUUUGAGUAUCAAUCUUCGACUUUUUUUUUUUUUUUUUUUUUCUUAAAACUGGCACAAGUCUCGCGCAAAUGGCUAUAUCUCCCUCUCUUUUUCUUUCUUACAUACAUACAGACGCGCGCAAUGUAAUUUUUUUUUUUCUCUUUCUCUCACUCUCAUUCCGAUUUUUCGCGCCCUCUACCGUAAAAAGGGAUGUAUAGAAAAUAAUUAAAAAUCGCCUAGUUAAAAAAAAAAAAAGAAAACAAACAAAUAUGUGUUGGAUAAAAUCGGACUAAUAUGAAUAAUGAUAAUAUGAUGACAAUAAUAAUAAUAACAAUUAGGCGUGUGUGAUAGUUUAUGUGUGACGUAUGGCUAUAAUUGAAUCGCAUUCUGCCCGUUAAUUAAUAAUAAUAAUUAUACACAUAGAGCAAUAGAGCUACGUAUAGUUACAUCACAAUUAAUAUACUUACACUGUACAUGAAUAAUUGUUUAAUAUUGACACAUGGCAUCGGCCGUCGCAUAAAAUAUGAAAAAAAUAAAAAAAAAAAAAAAGAUGACGCUUUGGCCCGCCCGCUUACUUGCUGCCUUGUACAAAUUCAUUUAUAUAUACAUUAAAUAAAUUAUUAUCAACAUAUUAAGCUAUUCUCCUAUAGUCGCCGGGCUCUAUAUCCAGCGCGCGAAAAGCGACUUGCGAUGCCACCGGGAAAAAAAUGGAUUCAUUUUUUUUUUCAUUAAUUUAUAUAUAUAUAUAUAUAGUUUUUGUUGGGGGGGGGGGACAGGAAGGAGGAAGAGGGAUAAUUUGGGUGGGGGAACAAUAAAAGGAAUUGAAGGGGGCAGCAUCGGGGCUAUAACCGAGGAUACUGGCUCUCUUUGUUAAAUUAUAUUUAGGUACCUUGUAUUCGUCAUUGCACUCAUCAUAAAUUAACAAAAAAAAAAAAAAAAAUUUGAACAGCAUAAAAAAAACGGUCGAGACGCAGUAAUAAAGUAAAGAAUUCAAUGCGCUUGAAUAUUCCUCAGAAUUCUUAUUUUUUUUUCUCUUUUUAUUAUCAAAAGAAAAUUCCUUGGUUUCAUUUAUUUUUAUUAUUAGUAUAUUUAAUUUUAUUAAUUAAUUAAUUAAAAUCGCAACCAUAAAAUUGGUCUAUAAUAAUAAAAUUUUACCCCCUUAUCUCGAUACAUGUAAUUAAUUUUUUUAACUUCGUUUUCUCUUCAAAAAAUUAUUUAUCAAAAGAAAUAUUUAGAAAAAAAAAAUUCUUUGUUAAAAAACAAUUAAAAAAAAGUUUUGUUAAAGAAACUAAAAAGACACAUUUUUGUUACUUACAAAAGAAAACUAUAAAGACAUUUUUUUUUUAAAGAAGUUGCUUAAAAAGACAUUUUAUGUAAGAAAAUAUUAAAAAAAACAAUUUAGAAUUUGUUUUUCUUUAGAUAAACUAAAUAAAAUCAAUAAAAUCGAUAUUUUAUAUCGAUAUAUCGAUAAACAUUUUUUAAAAAAUAUUUUUUUGUGAAACAAUAAUUAUAUAUCUAUGUUUGUUUUUCUUUGAUAUAAAUAAUGUAUUAAUAUCAAAAAUUGCUUUUUGAGAAAUAUUCAAACACUUGAAAAGAUUGAAGAUUCACGUAGAGCCAACGAGGCGACUCGGAACACGGAGGACUCUUUUUUAAAAUAAUCGACCUCCUGCCCGCGAAAACGCUAUUUGGCACAUAAGUAUUAUCACAUCAAGUUCUCGAUAUCCUCGUGUUCCAAAGGACCGCAAAUGUCGUAGAAAAAAUUUUUUUUAACCGAAUAAUUUUAUAUUUGCAUUUUUAUGCUCCCCUUGCUUUUUUUUUUUUAAUAUUCCAGUAUCAACAACAUUUACGUCCUUUUUCUCUUCUUUAUAGUCUUAACUCUACUAAUUUCUUUUUAUUUUGAUUAAACUUCAUUAGUGACGUAAUAAAUAACAAAUUUUAAUAAUAAUAAUAAUAAUAUAAAAAAUCUUCUAAGGAUUUGAAACUCAAGUAUAGUCGGUAGAAAAAUUCAAAAAUAAUAAUGGCAUGUUGAUUAUAAUAGUAAUAGUAAUAAUAAUAAUAAUAAUUAUAAUGAUAAUAAUAACUAUUAUUGCUAAUUAUAAUGAUAAAUGGAUCGAGGAUAUCUCUUCUCUUUUCUAAUAAAAUUUGUCUCUUAGGCGUUCGCUCGGUUUUUUCGUUUCCUCUCACGAACUUGUUUAGAUAUAUAUAUAUAUAUAUAUAUA